AUGACGAAGAAUAACAAGGAAAAGUCUUCCUUCUGGAAAAAGCUUGGACUUGGAAAGAAUAAAACCUCUGCCAGUUCAAUGACCUCGGAUAAGAAUUCUAUAAAGAGCAAACGACUCAGCACACAACAAUUACAGCCUCCAACCCAGGCAACAGCACCACAACCACCACCACCACUACCACAACCACUACCGGAACAACGGGCACAAAAGAAAGAACCAGCCAUCAUGGCUCCUCGUGUAAGCUUACCCAAAAUCAAGAGUCAACUAUCGAUUCACGUGGACCAUCAUGACAUUUCCAGCACUUGUAAUGAAUCCGUUGUGACUCCGACUGCGCAUCGAAAAGAGGAAAAGGAAUCACCCAUCGUAUACGCUACAGAACAACCCAACAUUACCAGAAAUAGCGACUCUUCGUUUGUUGUUGUCCAAUCAAAUGAUGAGACACCUGUUCCUCCUAUUUUAGUGGUGGAGGAGAAAGAGGAUGAUGAUGAUAAAAAGAAACUAUUGGAAACCAUUGAACAGUUAAAAAUCGAAUUAGAAAAUGAAAAGGCUACAGUUAAUGUGUUACAAUUACAAAAACAAGCUGUGACAAAGGAUCUGGAUUACUUUGAAUUAUCAGUGGAUGAAUUGUUAACAGAAAAGACGGAUCUCUUGCAACAAUUGGAAGACGAGAAGAUUAAGAAUCAACAGUAUUUGGACGAUUUAAAUCUAUCAUUAGAAAAACAAAAGGCAACGGCUGAUAAUGCAAGAGGUCAGUCAUUUGCAGUUGAUCAAACGAAAUUAGAAUUCGAGUCUGUACAAGAACAAUGGCGUCAAGAGCAAAAGGAUUUAAUAUCUGAAAUCAAAACAAAAGAUAAAACUAUCCGAGAACUGAGGACAAAGCUAAAUAAAUUUACAGAUCAAGUAGAAGCCCUUCAAAAGGCUAUGGAGAGUUUAACUAAAUCACAUUCGGAAGAAUUGAGUCGUUUAGCUGCUGAAAAGGAAAAAUUAACAGCAUGGACAUUACAUACACCCAGUGGUUCUCCACGUAUUCAACCAGAAUCCGUUAUUCAUCCAUCCACAGCAGAGGAAGAGGAGGAAGAAGAGUGGUCACCUCGUCCAUCGUCUGUCUUGCCUAUCCCUUCUUCUUCUUCUUCUGCAGUAGCUGUCGUCCAACAAGAUGAUUUAGACAGUCAACUCAGAAGACUAACCAAGCAAAAAGAAAAGCUUCAAUCUACUUAUUCAAAAAUCCCCUUGACUGGUGGUGGUCCUCAGUCUCGUAGACGUAAAGAAGAAUUAGAAGCCAUGUUGGAUCAAGUUGAUUCUCAAUUAAGCAAAGUCAAGCAAAAGAUCAGACGCUCUUAA